UUUCAAAUCAAUUCAAAAUUCCAAAGAAGAGGCUCCUCCUCCUGCCUUUCUCUCUCCUUCAAUCCCGAUAAGGAAAAUCGAAGAACCCUAAUUUAUCAUCCUCGAUUGAGAAGAACAGGGUUUGGUUUCUCCGUCAAUCCAGCAAUCAGUAGGAUUAAUCCGGAGGAGCCUCUGACAGUAGGUCUGAAUUCGAAGCACGCUCCGCUUAGUUGCGAUCGAGAUUCUGUUUCCAUUGACGAGCAGAUAGUGAAGGAAUCGGUAGGAAUCUCGCUUCUCGGAAAUGGCACCUCGAAACCAGAACCGACCUCCCCGCAGCCCAUCCAAAAAAGAGGGUAUUUCGAGCAUCCCCUUUGACAAACGCAGGAAAUUGGAAAUGCAAGGUACCAGUAGAAGACAGGUGCUUUCUACGGUGAAUAGACAAGAUGCCGCAGCGAACAGUGAUCUUGGCACUGCUGAGGACUGUGGUAAAGUGGAGUUUACAAAAGAUGAGGUGGUGGCACUGCUGAAUGAGAGACCGAAAGCCAGCAAGUUCGAUUCGAAGGCUAAGAUUGAACAAAUGACUGAUAUUAUCAAGAGGCUGAAGAUUUGUGUCAAAUGGUUCCAACAAGUAGAUGAAACCCAUGUCCAGGAGAAGGAAAAUCUUCGAAAUUCUCUGGAAUCUGCGGAAAAAAGAAGCAGCGAUAGAGAGUUGGAGAUGAAGGCCAAAGAAGAGGAGCUACAUGCAACUAUAUCACAAUUGAAUGAGAACAACAUGUCACUACACGAGAAACUGUCAAAGGAGGAAUCAGAUAAGCUGGAUGUGAUUGAAAGUCACAAGAGAGAGAAGGAAUUUAGAGUUGCAGCUGAGAAGCAGCAGGCUUCUCUAGAAGAAGAGCUUGCAAAAGUCAAGCAAGAAAAACAUUCUGCCAAGGAGACGGCGAAGGCCCUAGAAGAUAACUAUAAAAGGUUGCAAGAAUACAACACAAGUCUGCAACAAUAUAAUAGUAAACUUCAGACUGAUCUUGAGACAGUUCGUGAGACACUCAACCGUGCUGAAAAAGAGAAGUCAAGUGUUGUGGAGAACCUUGGCACACUAAGGAGUCACAGUAAAUCGUUGCAGGAUCAACUAGUAUCAAUUCGAGCUUCGGAAAAAGAUGCUGUAAAACAAAAAGAAUUAUUGAUUACGGAAGUCAGUAACCUUCGAAAUGAGCUCCAACAAGUUAGAGAUGACCGUGAACGGCAAGCUGUGCAGUUGCAAAAGAUGACAGACGAGAUUGCGUUGUAUAAGGAGAGUGUUGGAAAAUCAUCUCAAGAGUUGGACAUCUUGAUAAUGAAAUCGGGAUCCAUGGAGGAAACUUGUAAAUUACAAAAGGAGCGUAUAAAAAUGUUGGAGCAAGAAUUAGCUUUUGCCAAUGAGAAACAAAAGUUGGCAGAUGUAUCAAUAUCUCUUACUAGGACGGAAUAUGAGGAGCAAAAACAGCAUAUGAGUGAAUUGCAAGACCGCCUUGCAGACAUGGAACAUCAACUUUGCGAGGGCGAGUUAUUACGAAAAAAGCUUCACAAUACUAUUCUGGAACUAAAAGGAAAUAUACGUGUGUUCUGUCGAGUGCGUCCCUUGCUACCAGACGAUGUAGGGCAAGAAGUCAAUGUCAUAGCUUAUCCUACUUCAACAGAAUCUCGUGGACGAGGCAUUGAUCUGAUCCAAAGUGGAAACAGACAUCCUUUCACGUUUGACAAAGUAUUCAACCAUGAAGCUUCUCAAGAAGAAGUAUUUUUUGAAAUAUCUCAACUCGUGCAAAGCGCAUUGGAUGGCUACAAGGUUUGUAUCUUUGCUUACGGUCAGACGGGGUCCGGGAAAACCUACACCAUGAUGGGCAGGCCUGAGAUGCCAGAACAGAAAGGACUGAUUCCUCGAUCUCUCGAGCAAAUAUUCCAAGCCAGUCAAUCACUUAAGGCACAAGGCUGGAAGUACAAGAUGCAGGCUUCAAUGUUGGAGAUUUACAACGAGACCAUAAGAGACUUGCUUUCUACAAACCGAACACUUACCACAGACUCGACACGAGCAGAGAACAGUGUUGCUGGACGACAAUAUACGAUCACACAUGAUUCUAAUGGUAACACACAUGUCAGCGAUUUAACUGUUGUGGAUGUCUGCAGCAUUGGGCAGGUUUCUUCGCUCUUGCAACAGGCUGCUCAGAGCAGGUCUGUGGGUAAAACCAAUAUGAAUGAACAAUCAUCGAGGAGUCAUUUUGUGUUCACUCUGCGGAUUUCUGGGGUGAACGAGAGUACUGAACAACAGGUGCAAGGGGUUCUCAACUUAAUCGAUCUUGCCGGAAGUGAGAGGCUAUCGAGAAGUGGAGCAACCGGAGAUCGGCUAAAGGAGACACAGGCUAUCAAUAAAAGCUUGUCGGCUUUGAGUGAUGUUAUCUUUGCCUUGGCUAAGAAAGAGGAUCAUGUUCCGUUCAGAAAUUCGAAGUUGACAUAUCUUCUCCAGCCUUGUUUAGGCGGUGAUUCGAAAACUUUAAUGUUUGUCAACAUAGCUCCGGAUCCGUCUUCGACCGGAGAGUCUCUCUGCUCGCUCCGAUUCGCAGCACGAGUGAAUGCUUGCGAGAUUGGAAUACCCAGAAGGCAAACGUCAAUGAAACUCAUCGACUCUCGCCUAAGUUACGGUUAAAAUCGCUUGUUCUGCCAUAUUUUCAUCUGUAUAACCAAUUACUAGUUCGAGGUUCUUCUAGUGUGGGUGGUAAUCUGUAUUUUUCCGAUUGAGGUUUUGUACCGAGAUUUGUUCAGGGAGCAGUGGAGCAACUUGCUCUCUUUGCAAAAAUGUCAUCUACUGGAUAUUUCUUGUUGAACACUGCCUUAAAUGUGUAAUGUAUUCUUUUUCUGACA